CCCCUCGCCCCGGCGCUUCCCCCGGCGCCGCGUUCCCGAGCGAUGGCCGCGAACCGCGUGGGGCGGCGCCAGGGUCGGGGGGGAUCCCCGAACCGUCCCCAACCUCCAGCCCGGAGCCCCGGGAUCCAACGGAGACCCGCGAGGGUAACGGUGAAGUACAACCGGAGGGAGCUGCAGCGGAGGCUGGACACCGAGCAGUGGAUCGACGGGAGGCUGGAGGAGCUUUACCGGGGGCGGGAGGGGGAGAUGCCCGAUGAGGUGAACAUCGACGAGCUGCUGGAGCUGGAGACAGAUGAGGAUCGAGCCCAGAGGCUGCAGGGCAUCCUGAAGUCCUGCACUGCAGACACCCAGGACUUCAUCCAAGAGCUCCUCACCCAACUCAAGGGGCUCCCAAAGCAACAAGUUCUCCAACAACCCAGCUCGGAGCAGCCCCCCCCCAUGACCCCCCAAAAACCUCACCUCGACCCCCCAAAACCUCACCUCGACCCCUUCUGACUUUGGGGGGGGGUAUUUAGGGGGAGGGAGCACCCCAAAGUGUGUCUCUGUGCUCCCCCCAGCUGUACAGUAUUUAAACCCACACACUGUGUUAAUCCUCUGCCCCCCCCCCCAAUAAAAAGUGAAGGGGGGAAGUUUUGGGGGUCCC